GACAAAGACUAAAGCAAAACAAAAUUCACAAAUAUUGUUUUGUUUUGCAACAUCAAAAUUAACUGCAUUCAACAAAAUUAAACGCAAAAAAUCCGAUAAAUACAUUGAAAUACCUAGGCACUGAAUAACUGGUUCCAAGUUUUAUCAUCAUGUCUUAUGAGGGUGUAUACCAAAGGUUGGGGCUAAGAAUGUCAGAGGAGUUCCAGCUCUUGGCUGAACAGAAAUGGAUAUUAGGAGCACUCAAUAAAAUAAAGAACCAACGCAACUGUUUACAGAUAGAAAGACUUCAUCUGGAGAGUAUGAAAUCAAUGCUCAAAAAAAACUCUAAGUUGAGCAUGCCAGCAUCACCAGAAUCCCAAGUUCCAGAAGAAGAGAUCAAAGAGCCAACAGACGCGCUGAACUUGAUGCAGAACUCCACAGCAAAGGGCACAGAACAGAAUGAAGUUGAAGAGUUGAGGCUUGACGGAGCAACUGUCAAUGAUGAGGAGCUAGACUUACUUGUCAAUAAUGCUGUUUUUGAUAUGAAUCUCAAUCAAGAUAUAGAUAUGGAGGAGGACGAUGAAGAGGAGAACAAUGAUGAUAUGUUCAUUGAUAUGAACAUGUUCAUGAACGGAGUGCCCUCUCGGUUCUAAGGCCUCGAGUCAAAUAAAAAACACAAAAUGUAGUAACAAGGAAUUUAAUAAAGUUUGUCUUACAUUUACACAGUAAUUAGUAAUUACCUCAUCAAUUUUAAAGUAUACGUAAGUAAUAAUGCAUAAAUUUCGAGAACACACUCAUAAUAUUAUUAAUUGUCAUGUAUGGUUUAUCCUUAGAUUAAUUACUAAAAUCGUACUUUUGACAUGAUACAUAGGUUGUUGAAAUCUAUAGAGUGCACUUUGACUUUGCUUAGACUUAAGUUUUAGUUAAAACGAGACAGAUUUAUGCCAGCGGUAUAACACUGUCUCGUUUUAACUGUCUUAAGUCUGAGCAACGUCAAUGUGCGCUCUAUAUAUCUCAGCCAUAUAUAGCGAGUGCAUUCUCAAAAUGUAUGCACUAUAAUAUAGUAAUAUUAUGUACAGUUAAUAUGUAAAAUAGCACAAUUAUUUUAUCAACAAAAAUAGUUUCUUCUCAUUUAACUGAACAAAAAUAGUUUUUUAGUGUAAUAAAGAGUUUAUACAAUAAAAUUGAUAGCCUAUGUUGCUUAGAACUGUCUCUGAUUGGUUAACAGUUUAUUAUUAAACCCAUUUUGAUGCAACUUUUUGUCUAUAGAUUUCACCAUAGUGUAGUGUGAUGGCACUAAAAUGUUAAUACUUUGACUUAAUAAUAAUUGCCUAUUUCACGAUUUAGUUUAAGCACUAAAAUUCGUUACAAUAAGUUAUAAGAGUUGUUAAUUCAAUUAAAAUGUACACGAAGUGUACAAACUAAAUUAUUGACGGGCAAAAAGUAGUUACAUUUAUAACAAAAACAGUUUC